CGGAAUCAAUUGCGUUGUCAAGGGCUGGAAAAACUCUAGAUUUCCAUUUUACCUCCCAUUCGCCUUUUUUUUUCCAUGCAGGAUCUUGGAGACUACGACGACGAUGUUCCUCCAGCGGCGACACACAGCUGCGACAACAGGAGGCCGGCUGAUGAAGAGGAUGUCGACUAUGUUCAAGCCGUCGCAGAGGGUAGUCGUGGGAAGGCGUGGAAGAGUUGGUAUCAGAAGAAGAGGAGAAGAGCAAAGCGUCAGUGUCAUCGAGUCAGUCAUCGAUGUACGACAUUCGUAGGCCAUCCGGACUCGGCCCGUCGAUCGAGGAGCACGCAAACAUCGUACAUCCCUAUCGAGUUCAGGUCCCGUCUCUUCCUACCUAUCGCCCGACGUCGCCUUUGCCGGUGGAAAUCCUGACGGCGAUCCUCUCGCACCUGCCACGGUUGUUGGUCCCUGCACUCGCUCUGCUCUCUCGCGAUUUUCUCUGUGCGGCGCAGACCAUUUUGUACGGCGACCUCGAUAUGAGGAACAGCCGGCACGGCGACGCGCUGUGGGUCUUCCUUGUCACACGACGGGACCUCACAUCUCUCACGCAUACCCUCCGUGUCCCUGCAUGGCCCUCUCCGCAGGCACGGAUGUAUCUCAUACCCCGCGUACUCGCUCGGAUGGAUAACCUCCGCUCACUCACCCUCCCUUCCUUCGACAUCCACGUCGUGCGCCAUCACUCUGCGUUUGGUCUCCGUCACGUCGAAUUUGGCGACACACGUCUCUCCUGGCAGGCCGAGGCUGAAUUACUCACGUGGCUGGAUGGACAGACGAACAUUGUUUCCUUGCGUUUUCCGUCGCUCCUCGAUGACGGCGACGACUCGUCUCCGUCUACACCACUUCCCGCCACCCCGACGCGUUCCCGUCUUCUCUCAGCCCCCACUACACCCGGCUGCCUCUCUCUCUUUCCCAUGCCUCCACUGUCGCCGCUCCCGCCCACUCCUACGCCGACUCAGGAGUCGUUCAUGCACACAGCCGCGACUCUCCUCCCUAACCUUACCGCACUCCAUGGUCCGCCACACCUAAUCAUCCUCCUCGCGCCCUCUCGUCCUCUCAUCGACGUGUCUAUCACCAUCUCUACGCCAAUAUAUGCGGGUUUCUGUCCUACGACCACGCUCGAAUCCCUCCCUCCAUCUGUUCGUCGCCUGAAGUUCGUGUUCAAAUCCGUGGGUAAACGCACGGAGGAAAAGACACUCCAUAGCGCCGCCAUCGUAUGCCCUCACAUCGAAGAACUCGAAAUUGAGGGAGAGGCCAGCGAGGAUCGUUGGCGCAGCGUCGUCCCCCAAUUCAAAUCUCUCCGUGUCCUCAUCAUGCAGAAACCAGGGACAAAGACAGAAAAACAGCAAUCGCUCGACGAGAGGUUCCCCCUCCCGAAACGAGCCAGGAUGCGCUCGACGUCAUCCUGUAUUAUCAGUCAGUCGGGUCACUCGAUGGUGCUCAGUGAGAAAGCCCGCGCAGCCCGUCUAGCGACCGCGUGCCCCGCUCUCGUGCGCGUCGUGUUUCCCAAUGGCGUAGAGUGGCGCCGGCCUCCUCCCCCCCCUCCCUCCCGUUCCCAGAUCGCGGUCCUCUCUGCAUCUUCUCCUGAUGGAUGACGAUCUCUUUGUGAAAAAGAGAGGACAGGAUGGUCCUCGGAGAAAGCCGGUCCUGUUGAAGGAGCAGAGGUUUGUUAGGGCAGAACCGGUCGAACAGGCUUCUGUCCUCACUGAUAGCGAUGACGAUGACGUAUUCUUCAGCCCGAAGAAGCCUCUCUCGAAUGAUAAGGUCGAUGUCGACGUCGCUGGUGUAGGGAAGGUGGCUAUGGCGCUGGUUGAAGGUGUGGUUCCUUUUUGUUUCUCCCUUCCGAAUCUCAGCGCAAUAUUCUCUAGCGUGCACUCGUUUCUUCAUGUCCAUAUUUUUCUGUGUCUCUUUUCUG